ACAACUCGAGCGCGAACAAAUUCAGCCUCUGGAUACAUUGUAGCGAGGAAUGCGUCUGAUCCGAGCAAAGAACCAGCCUUCAAUGAUUCACAGCUUACUCAGAAUGAAUCUACAGCUAGCAAUACUUUUGUUGGGUUAAAUCGCAGGAGAAAAAUCUCCCUUCCCACUCGGUUGCCGACGAGGCCAUCCCAGUUUCUUGAAGGUGGAGGGCGCAUUGAAUUGGCAAAACGAGAAGUCGACUUGGAUGCAUGCAUGCCUGUGUUUACAAAAGAAGCAACAGGGAGCAACCAGAAGCAAUCAACUACGCCAUUAGCAAAAACGGAAUUUAAUGGAUGGAUGUUUGAGGCCGAGGCACAAGGUAGUGAUGCCGUUCGCGAAGGACAUUCAGGAAGGCGAAGACGAGUAAGCCUACCUGUGUUGAAGGUGGAUCAGACAGACCCGCAGGAUUUUCCGAACAAUAAGUCCGUUCCUGGUAAUCAAAAUGGUUAUCUAUCGCCGACUUGGUCGUCUAGCUCUACUUCAAUUCCCCCAGUCAAAUAUGGUCCUUUAAUAAGCAAAAAAUCUAAUACACGCCAAUGGACGCAAAACUUUUGA